CGCGCACUCCACCAGUCGGCAGUCACGCUUAGAGCCCGCGACGCGACAGCAGCGUGCGAAAACAAAAUUAAAAGACAUUAAUUGUUAUUUUUUCUUUGGUUUUAUGCGUCAGUGUUAGUGCAAGUGCCUGAAAGAACGUCGUGCUUGUGCAAUAUUGUGACAAAAUCCUUUUAUCAGUGGACACUGUGUAAUGUGUAUGUCCUGAACUUAAGAUCAUCCGCGAUGAUCCACGUUGAUGAGACAGAUCCUGUUGGAGAAAUCGAACCGCCAUUUCCAUGCCGAGAUGUCACAAUUAAGAGGAAUACAGAUGUCAACGACUACUACGACAUGCUCUCCGAGAUAGGACGAGGAAAAUUCGGUACGGUGUACCUUUGCCGAGAGAAGAGUACAGGACUGGAGCUCGCUGCAAAACUGGUGUCCGUGAACAGAAGAGAUGAGAGGAGAAACGUGGAGCGCGAAGUGGAUGUGAUGAGGAGACUUCGCCACCCUCGCCUUAUUCAGCUGUAUGACGCUUAUGAUUGGGGCAAAUAUAUGUGCGUCGUAUUGGAACUGAUUACUGGUGGCGAGCUGUUUGAGCGUGUGAUUGAUGAAGACUUUGUACUCACCGAGCGUGCCUGCACCGUAUUCAUGCGUCAAAUAUGUGAAGGGAUCGAAUUCGUUCACCGGCAAAAUAUAUUGCAUCUUGAUAUGAAGCCAGAAAACAUCUUGUGCCUCACUAAAUCAGGAAAUCGUAUAAAAAUCAUUGACUUUGGUCUGGCCCGUUUAUACGAUCCAGAGAAGAAAUUACAAGUUCUAUUCGGAACUCCUGAGUUUGUCGCCCCGGAAGUCGUUAAUUUCGACCAAAUAGGCUAUGGUACCGACAUGUGGUCAGUUGGCGUUAUCUGUUACGUUUUACUAUCCGGCUUAUCACCUUUCAUGGGAGAAACUGACAUAGAGACAAUGGCUAACGUGACGAUUGCCAAAUACGACUUUGACGAUGAAGCCUUCAAUGAAAUCUCGGAAGACGCAAAAGACUUCAUCCAGAAACUUCUCGUGAAAGAUAAAGAGUCACGGCCGACUGCUACGGAGUGCUUACGACAUCGGUGGCUUGUCAAGCGAGCACCUGCGAAACAAGACAAACCGACGCCGCAGCCGCGACUAUCACCAAAACAGGAACUAGAUAUGGCUAAAGACAACCUUCGACUGUUUGUCGAAAGAUGGAGCGAGCAUCCUAACUCCCCGUACGUCUUCGACAAUGAAUCACAAGAAAUUCUCUGUAUGGUCAAUGGCGAGAGGUCUUCCAUCGGAGGCUGCUCACCGUCACCCAGAAGCUCUCUGAGCAGUUCUCCAGAUAUGGUCUUUGACGAAGAUGAUUUGGAACCUCCACCCUUAAGAGAUCCCGUCAACUUAAAAACUCGCUACAACCCAGUCGAAAGAAGAGCUUCGGACAGCAGUUGUUUCUUACAUAAAAGGCCAGAUGUAUUAGUACGAAAAAAUCUGGCUGAGGAAAUAAAGAAAUUGUCCGAUCACCUCUAUAUGCUAUCGACAAUGAACACAGACCUGACAAACAACAAUAAUUCCGCAAAGGAAAUGGACAAGAAUGUUCUGGAAAGGAAAAUCUCGAACGACGAUAGGAAACUUAAAAAUGGUUUCAAAAGUGAGUCGAGAUCGUCAUUCAUGAAGUCAAUGAUCAAUGGUGACUCUCACGAGAAAAGAAUAUUCACAUCCAAGUCGAGUAAUAGGGUAACUUCAACAUUUUUAACAGAGCGGGAACCGGAAAAGCCCAUGACCAGUAAAAUGCCUUGGGCUAAAACUAGGGCGAAGAGAGUAACUAGUACUAGUAGAGAUGUCCCGGACCAACCGACGGACAAACGUAACACGUUCUUUGAAGAAUUUGAUCGAAGACGAGAGAAGAUAGAUAAACUAGUGAGCGGUUAUGAAAACGGAAAACAAGUGCCAUACAAACGUGGAGAUGAAAAUAACGCGCAUCGAACGAAGGAUUUGCUUUUACAUCUUCUGGAAAAGUGGGGGGAGACUGAGGAAGUGGAGGCCGAAAGAUCAGCUGGAGGACCGUCGAAUGGCCGACAUCAGUCCAUAUCCUUAGAAUGGUCAUCAUCUAACCAGCUCGCGCAGAACUCCAUGUCCAGCCUUCAUGCAUUCUUCCAACGACAAACAUCCGACGAAAAAAUCCAACGGAAAAAAGUGACAGCUUCAAGUUCCAAGUGAUCUAAAAAACGACUGUGCCAUGACAUUAUUCAGAAAGGGCAGACAGUGUCUAGUUGAUCUCACUUCGUAAUGAAUUUUUAAAAUCAUGAAUUAAUACCUUCUGAAUUAUUUCUAGGUUACCAAAGUAGGAAAAUGACAUUAUUUCUAAGGUUUACAAAUGACAUUAGACAAUUUUCAUACAAAUCUAGUCGCCAUACUCAAAGCUCUGUAACGAUCACAGAACAAGACUGAGAUACAAUUUUGGAUUUUUUACAUUACAUUCGCAGUACUAUAUAAUCUGUAAAUAAUUUUGCGCUAUUUAAGUCUCCACUCGUAUUCAUGUAUUUUAUUUUGUUCCUUAACUGUACUUAAGUAUUUGUGCUAUAAUUAUUAUAAGUAAUUUAUUGUUAAAUAUCUAUGUUGUUUUAAUAUAAGGCUUA